AUGUUCACUAUUGAGAAUGCUCGAAGACUAAUUGCUGAGAUGAUCAUAAUUGAUAAAUUGUCCUUUAAAUUCGUGGAGAACGAGGGAUUUAGGAGGCACGUGGAAGAGACUUUGAUUUUAGUAGAACCAAAAUUUGUUAUUCCUUCUCGAACUACAAUUGCUAGAGAUAUUUUAGGAAUAUAUGCUAGCUUGAGAAAACAGUUGAGAGACAUUUUUAUGGAGGAAGGAUAUAAAGUCUCACUUACGACUGAUACUCAAAAUAUUAAUUACAUGGUUUUGACCGAACACUUUAUUGAUAGAAAAUGGAAGUUACAUAAGAGAAUUAUUAGUUUCUCUCAGAUUGAGAAUCAUAGAGGGGAGACAAUAGGAAAAGAGGUGGAGAAAUGUUUGAAACAAUGGGGUAUUUAUAGGGUUUUAACGUUAACUGUUGAUAAUGCUUCAUCAAAUGAUACAACCAUUGCUUAUCUAAAGAAGCGUUUUAAACAUGGGUUUAUGUUGAAUGGGGAUUUCUUGCAUAUUAGGUAUUGUGCACAUAUAUUGAAUUUGAUUAUCUAUGAUGGUCUGAAAGAUGUGAAUGAUACAUUGAUUCGAAUUCGAAGUGUCGUGAGGUUUGUUAGAUCUUCUCCUGCUAGACUUGCUAAAUUUAAGAAGUGUAUUGAAGAAGAGAACAUAUCUAGUAAGAGUAUGUUGUGUCUUGAUGUUCAAACUAUAUGGAAUUCUACAUACUUGUUGCUUGAUGCAAUUGAAAAGUUAGAAAAGACAUUUGAGAGGUUAGAAGACUGCGACACAAUCUACAUGAAUGAAGAGAGUAAACCAACCACCAAAGAUUGGGAAAUUGCUAGUUUUUUUACUAAGUUCUUGUGA